AUGGACGAAACUAAUGAUAUAGGGUUAGGUAUAUCGACCAAUUCUCCCAGCGAAUCUAAUCCCUUUCAGGAACCAUCGACUGCAGUAACGACUGCUUCAGCAUCAACAAUACCUUCGAGUAUUAGCAAUCACGGAAAUGAGGAAUUCACCAUCAAACCGAUUAGAUUGGCUAAAAGACAAGAAAGGAGAACAUCAGAGGAGAAGAAUGGAGAAUUUCAUUGUAGACCAAUGCGUUUAGGGAGCAGAAAUAAGUCAAUUUCGUCAGCUAGUGACGAAACGCCGGUAUCAACGCCGGGCUCUGUGAAGCGCAAGAAAUCAAUACAAAUACGCAAUCUACCGAUCGUGGAAACGAGCUUUACACAGGGCAUGAAUACUAAUGUUAAUGAUAUGAUUUUUGCUGUUUGUUUAGUUGAUUUUCAUCAUGUUAGAGGUCCUGAGAUUCAAUGGUGGAGAUCGAACUAUUACCCACUGUACCCACAGGACAAUAAAUUAUUUAAGAAUUUACCAUUUCAAGCCUUACCAGAUGGAUCUCAUCUAUUCGAAGAAACCUUUUCCAACUUUAACUUAGUAUAUGACUUUAAGACCGGUAAAUCAUACGAUGAUGGAGAAGAUUAUAAUAGCUUCGACGGUGAUCCAAGGCAUUUGGAAACGCUAUUUGGGUGCUCAUGCGUAAGGCAAGUCAAGACAAGCGACCUCUCUGAUGAAGAGAUAUCAAGGAACAAGGAUAUCACAAGGUCGAUAGUUCAGAAGGCGGUUGUAGUAAUUGCUAAGAAUCAGCCGAUCUUUCAGAUCAUAAAGGAAAAAUUAUCAAUUAUAUCCGCUAGUUAUUUCUUACAAAACAACUUUGGUAACACCGAGAUAUUAGAAAGUCUAUAUGAUAACUUGAAUACAACUUUCAGGGUUAAAGAAAAGGAGGGAGUGAUAAAAGACUCUACAUCAAAGAAGCAAUCGAGUUUAAAUGAAUUUGUUGAAAGGCAGGAUGAAUUCUUUGUUAAUUUAAAUCUAAAGCAUACACUUCUGAAGUUUAAAACGAACCUAUUGGUAAUUUUUAAGGCCUUAUUAUUGGAGAAGAAAAUUCUAAUAUACUCGAAUAAUAAUUUGGAAAUGCUAACUCAAUUUCAGAAUAAUUUAAUAUCGCUUAUACCAAAUUUGAUUAACAACCUCGGUAAUUCAGGUUGUCCAUUGUCAGAUUUUAUUGAAACUAAUGGACCAUUAACAAAACCAAAUUCGUUGAAUACUAGCAGUAGACAAUCAAUGCUAAGAUUUUUUGGUUUACCCUUACAAGUCUUCAAUACAAAAGGCUCAUUUUGGAAUCCAUAUUUACCUCUACAACAGUUAAGUGAAUUGAGUGCUUCCGAAACAAGGUCUUACAUGGUAGGCUGUUCUAAUUUACUUUUCGUUAAUCAGCUGGAGUCGUUAAAUGUCGAUUUAUUAAUUAAUUUAGAUACAAAUGAGCUAAGCUAUCCUAAAGGAAAACCUGAAGAAUUGCACUUAACAUCAAAGGAUAAAAAGUUUGUAAAUGCGUUAAUUAGCAAAAUCAAGAGUAAUGAAAAAGAUGAAUGGCAGAAUGAUAUCGAUAAUGAACAAUUCAUUGGAAGUGACGACUUUGUACGGUUUGAGUUCGAGGACUAUCUUUUAUCUUUACUAUCCACAACGAGAUAUAACCAAUACAGCGAAAAAUUCAACCAGCCUCCACCGGGGUUUUCUAACGUUACCUUACAUCAGAAUGAAAAUAGCGAUGGUAAGCCAUCUUCCGAUUCUUCAACUAUUGUGGAGCAUUUAGAAGAAGAUGUAAAUCUCAAUAAUAUCGAUAACGGAAAUCUAACAUUAUUUAAUUCGAAAUUUAUUGAAUGCUGGCUUACUACUAACAACUUCAAAAUUUGGAAUCAGAUGGCAGAUGAAUUUAUUUUCAACUUCUUAGAUCCAAAACAUAUAAGCGUUGGAUUAAUAAAUGAUAGCGAACAAUAUAAAUUUACAGCUCUUUUUAAUAAUUUGAAAUUGAGAUUAAAUUCGAAUCAGCCUUCAUCGGUGUUGGAUAGUGAGAUGAAAGCGCAAAAGUUCAUUCCUAGUUCAGAAGAAGCUACUAAUGCAGAUGAUAAUAAAGAAAAAGAAACGAAGGAGCUGUCUGCUUCAAGCAAAGAAGACAUUCCCCGUACUCCUACGAAGCCAAUUGGAAAUAGAAUAUCUAGUUGGACCAGUGGUUGGGGAUUUAAAAAGAAAUCCUAA